CUCAUUCGUUAGUGAGGCUAACUUUCAGCGUGUCAGAUGCUAACGCUACAGCUAGCUUACCAAGCUAACUGUUUAAACGCAUAUCAACGCCUAAUAUACGGCAAUUCAGAAUAGUAGGUGUAGACAGAAGUGAUGUGUUGACUUCAAAGGCGUUAAAAGAAACAAUGAAGUUGCUUAUGCCAUGUUUUCUUACCCAGGAGAAAAGCAGCUCGUGCGUACAAAUACAAAUUUGGCGUCACCAGCUGUAGGUGAAACGCAAUUGGUCGAAGCCGCGCCUCACCCUGCAGUGUCGGCCAAUUCUAUUGGCUGCUUGUCUGUGGACCAAUCACAGAAGAGAUAACUUAACCCGUCGUAUUUGACUUUGUAGACUUCACCCAACGCCGCAGAGAUCAAGGUUUUAUUUACAGUUCGAGUCAGAUUUAAUAGUUUUGUCAAAAUGAUGGUUUAUUCACAACUGCUAUAAGCCUUAUAAGGGUAAAACCAGAAGAGUCAAUGCAAACAGGCAAAGAAGAAGCUUUGCAUCAACUCACUCGUCAAGGCCAAUGUCUUUGCUGGAGGAUGUACUGGAUGUGCUGCGCAUAGUGCUGGAGUAUUUUGGAGUCCCUCCGGAAAUGUUGGUACCGGUGUGGGCCAGUCCUCUGUGUGGACAGUAUCGCAGCAUUGUGCGAAUGAUUGGUUCCAAUCUGCCUCUCAAGCCUACGCCACGUGUUUACAUUCAGAUCCCACUCCUCAACUCCAGGCCCCAUGGAUCCUCGGACGUCACCAUGGAAACACCUGCCAUUCCAUCAUUUGCUGAUGUUCUGUGGGUACACACAAAAUAUUUUGGACUGUUAAGUGAUCAUUGAUUGAUUGAUUGAUUUUGGCUUUACAGGAACCACCUGCCAUUGAAGAAGCAAAGAGCAGCGUUGGGUCGAGACGUGAGGAAACACCCAUCAAGGGGAAGCGGGGGUUUUGGAAUGAAAACGGAACAGGAAGCGUUACAGAAGAUCACGACGCUGGAGGGCGAGUUGCUGAAGCUGCGAGCUCAGAUAGACAUGAUGAUAGCCGUAGGGCUGCCGGAAUCCCGCAGUCCAAACAUCACGCUGCCGGUGUUGCCUGUUUCAGCUCUCACAUCCACGCCUCGCUGUGCCCCUCCUCCGCCUCCGCCAUGUCCCAGCUCCUGCGCCAACACAUCAUCCGUGGUGGAGCUGAUCCGUCAGCGCAAGUGUCAGGGAAAAAAACAGGACAAACCUACUGGCUUGACUACCAGCAGCCUCCCUUCCAUGUUGGACAUCCUCAAGGACUUGAAUCAAGUGAAAUUACGCUCAGUGGCGAGAUCACCGGGGGGCACGCCACUCAGGCCAAGGCAGAGCAAAAGGCGCGCGGCCACAAUAAACGACCCAGCAGGUCUGAUCGCCGAGGCCCUGAAGAGAAAGUUUGCCCAUCAUCGUCACAACAACUCCUCUGACAAAGAGAAUUCCCUGGAAUUCUCGCCGUGUAACAGUCCGGAAAUGCGUAAGGUUUGAUUAUUCUCGCUCAUGAUGCACACAUUCAUACACACACUCUUACUAAAGUGGGACACAGUCUGCUGCCUCGUGAGGAUAAGCAGUACAGAUAUGGAUGGAUGGAUGGAUGGAUGGAAAUGUUACUUGUAACAGAUUUUUAUUUUACACAUCAGAGUUUUAUUAUUUAUUCCACUGUGAUGUUCUGUGUUGGAAUAAAAGUUCAAAACGGUU